UUUCUUUAUAUUUCUCGCUUUUCGUCUCUCACUACCAUCAUUUCAGCUCCUCUGGGCCUAAUAGUGUUUGAUUUCGAUUCAUGAGUGUAUUUUUCUAUUUUCUAUCCUCUUGUUAGCUCAAGUUUUUUAUUUUCUCCUUCAUUCAUUUUUCGUUUGCAUUUGUUUUAUAUCUGGCUCCUUGGGAUUUUCAAUAUUCGUAUUGUUUCGUUUGUUGUUGAUUGUUGGUCGAUUGAAAGAUUUCAUACACAGGCUGUGUUGUAUUUUUAAGUCUUGUCUCUGAUUAAUUGCAAAGCUUUGGUUGUUCUUUCAUUGGCUUGGUUUAAUUUGUGAUUUGGGUGGGUGGUGUUUCUGGGAUUUGUUGAGUCUGUCAAUGGGCGCUUUGGAUGAGGGGCAUUUCCACGUGGAGCUUCAGAAUGGAGUGAAACUGAGUGGCCUUGAGCUUGGUUUUGAGCAAGAACCUGAUACUCUUGCUAUUGAAGAUGCUGUCAAAGUUCUCUUGCAGGGCUUAGGUGAAGAUGUCAAUAGAGAAGGUCUCAAAAAGACCCCUCUUCGCGUCGCCAAGGCUCUUCAUGAAGGAACAAGAGGUUACAGACAAAAAGUGAAAGACAUUGUUCAAGGUGCUUUGUUCCCUGAAGUAGGUUUAGAUAAUGGAAUUGGUCAUGCAGGAGGAGUGGGUGGGCUUGUGAUUGUUCGAGAUCUUGACCUUUUCUCUUACUGUGAAUCUUGUUUGCUUCCAUUCCAAGUUAAGUGUCAUGUUGGCUAUGUGCCCUCUGGUCAACGGGUUCUGGGAUUAAGCAAGCUUUCCAGAGUAGCUGAUAUCUUUGGAAAACGGCUCCAAGACCCACAGCGUCUUGCAGAUGAAGUGUGUUCAGCUUUGCACCAUGGAAUCAAGCCAGCUGGUGUUGCUGUCGUACUGCAAUGCUUACACCUCCAUUUCCCAAAUCUGGAGUCAGCCUUUCUUGACCCUAAUCACCAAGGUUGGGUAAAGGCACGGGUGUGUUCAGGUUCAGGGGUUUUUGAAGAUCAAGAUGCUGAUGUUUGGAGUGAUUUUUUGAGUCUUCUGAGAUUCAGAGGUGUAAAUGUGGAUAAAACUCGUAUUAAAGACUAUACUGAAAGAUGUUGGUGUCCAUCCCAAUCUCCCUUAACUGCUAAAAUUUCUUCUAAGCUAGAACCAGUCAACCAAGGAAUGGUUGCUGCAGUUACUUCAAUUCUUAGAUCUCUGGGGGAAGAUCCAUCAAGGCAAGAACUUCUGGGAACUCCUACUCGUUUUGUGAAGUGGUUGAUGAACUUUCAGAACACAAAUCUGGAGAUGAAGUUGAACGGCUUUGCUUGUGGUAGAAUGGAUAUUCUUAAACCCAAUGGAGAACUCAGCUGCAAUAAGGAACAAAUACAUUCUGAGCUUAGCUUACCAUUUUGUUCUCAGUGUGAGCAUCAUUUACUUCCUUUUCAUGGUGUUGUACAUAUUGGAUUCUUCUGCACCGAAGGACUAAAUCCAAUUGGAAAAUCCCUUUUACAGUCAAUAGUACAUUUUUAUGGUUUCAAGCUCCAAGUACAAGAAAGACUCACUAGGCAGAUUGCUGAGACUGUUUCAUCACUCUUAGGGGGGGAUGUGAUGGUAGUUGUAGAGGCUAGCCACACCUGUAUGAUCUCCAGAGGGAUUGAGAAAUUUGGAAGUAGUACAGCUACUAUUGCUGUGCUGGGUCGAUUUUCAACUGACCCUGCUGCCAAGGCAAUGUUUUUGCAGAGUAUUCCAAAGACUACAUUGGGAGGUUGAUAAUUGUAACCACCCGUGGAUGUUGUUAUAGAAACAAAUAGAUAAAGCCAUUUCUUUGCCAUUCUUGAUGGAUACUUGCGCAUGGC